AUGGACCACAGAACAGACAGGGACCUAGUUCAGACAGGUGGCAAGGGCCUACAAAGUGGAUCUAUGGAAUUACUAGAGUACAUGGAGUGCAAGCAAGUGCCAAUGACAGUGUUGACAAGUCACGCACAGCCACAGAGUCCAUCUGAGAAGACAAAGAGCAAAGGCCCAAGCCCAGGCAACCUUGAUGAGAUGGCAGAAAUGCCAGGUUUUGAGACAAAGGAAUUUUCCUUGAGUAUGAAUGAACAACUGACUAUGGAAUUACAGGAAGCAGCAAAGCUCAAUCUUAAAGAAGACACCAUCAAAGCUCCCUCAGUCAGCAAAGAGAUGCAACAGUUGGCAGAUGAGUCACUCAUAUCAAAGAUACCACUCAAGUUUGAAGUGGAAAGACUUGAAGAACACAUGAAGUCCAUGAGAGUUGAAGAUGAGGCACUCGAAGUGCUUGCAAGCAGUUGUGAGGCAGAUAAGUCAAUAUAUGAAGGGAAUACUAACUUGCACAGGACAUGGCAUGGUAUGGAACAGGUCAAGAUGAAAGUUAUAGUGGAGAGAAUCGAGAUUGAGAAGCCAUCGAGGCUUGUCACAUGA